AUGACCAUCAACGAUACGAACGGUCAUACCAAUAGCUUGAACAAUGCUACCAACGGCAGUUCCAAAAGUUACUCCGUUCCUAACGAAACGCAACAUGUAUUUGACAAUGGAAUAUUGAACAACCCUCUGAUCGCCCCCACACUCCCCGCGGAAAUCGCAGAAUGCGCGAAGAAAGUCCAGUUCAAAGGCACAUCUAAGCCCAGUAUACCGAUAAACUGGCGCUUCGCCGAAAGUAUCUCAGCACUCAAGGGGCUAGAAGCGGCCAUGAUCAAUGUUCUUCUGAAGAGGAAAUAUGGCUUGGAACCACAAGAAGCGAUCAUAGAUACCGACCAUGCACAGCUUUUCUUCAUGUCCAUCUUACUCAACGUUGUCGACCCGGAAGGCGAGAAGAUCGAAUUUUUGACCAAACCAUUUGCAAAGGGGUCGAGCGCAUACAACAAGUACUUCAAGAACUGUGAUAAACAUGAUGGGAGUAGGAGUACAUACCGUGUAGCGGCUACGAACAUCUAUCGGUGCAAAGAUGGAAGAUACUUCCAUUUGCACGGUUCCAUGAAUCCUGAUCCAACCCAGGAAAGUGUCGGGUUGCCGUAUGAUAAGGAGUUGUCAGAGAAGGAAGAGCCGUGGACCCCAUACGUGGAGAAGUUGGCACAAAUAGAUUCCGGCGAGAUGCAGAAGUUGGCGUCGGAUGUGUACAAACAAGCCGGUACAAUCUGUUGGACGACUGAGGAGUUCAAGAAGAGCGAGCAUGGUAAAGCAAAUGCUCAUGUCGGCCUCUAUGAAGUCCACGAUAUCAAGAACAAGAAGCAGCCAGCGUGCUGGUGGUCAGAUAGCCCAGGGACGAGUGCAAAGAGGCCACUUGCAGGGCUCAAAGUAGUCGAUCUGACCCGCGUCAUCGCUGCGCCAGCUCUGACGAGAGGUCUUGCAGAACUCGGUGCUUCGGUAAUGAGAGUAACAGCAGAGCAUAUUACCGACAUGUCCAUGCUACACGUCGAUCUCAACUGGGGAAAAUGGAACUCGCAUCUUGAUUUCCGAAAGGAAGAGGACCGAGAAAAACUACGCGCCUUGGUUCGAGAUGCUGAUGUAGUGGUGCAGGGCUAUCGGCCUGGUGUACUCGACAAAUAUGGGUUUUCCCCGGAAGGCUUACUGGAUCUGACGAAAGAUCGAGAGCGUGGUCUAAUCGUUGUGCGGGAGAAUUGCUAUGGCUGGUAUGGACCUUGGUCCUAUCGGAGCGGUUGGCAGCAAAUUUCUGAUGCUUGCUGUGGCGUGUCAAUGGAGUUUGGACGAGCUAUGGGCAGAGACGAGCCUGUCACACCUGUCUUUCCUAAUAGCGAUUUCUGCACGGGUACGUCUGGGGUCAUCGGAGUGCUGAAUGCACUACUUCGAAGAGGCGAUGAGGGGGGUUCCUACAAAGUCGAUGUCGCAUUGAACUACUACUCUCAAUGGCUAGUGAAUAGCGUCGGCACCUAUCCUGAAGACGUCUGGAAAGAAGUCUGGACACGUAACGGACAUCAGGUAUUCCGUCACUACCACAAUAUGCAGUAUACGUUGCCGCAUUACAUGAAGAUGUUGGCCGAGAACUCGGGAUCCGUGCUCUUCAAACCGGACUUCUUCGAGGUUCGACACGCAGGUGCAAUCGGAAAGGAUGUGAAAGCUGUUAAGCCCAUCAUUCAAUAUCCACAGGGGAACGUAAAGCUCGGUUACAACGUAGGAACGCGAGGAAACGGUGUAGACCAGCCGGUGUGGCCGAAGGAUCUGAUGACCGAGGUUGUGUCAUAA